CCUUCUCCUGCAUCAAGUGUGCAUCAGCCCACCAAUGGCGAGUUUCGUCGCUCACUGGCCCAAGUUCCAUGGCGCCCAAUGGAGCGGCUGACAUUGGGGUUGCUUUACCCACGCCCCUCUCGGCUCCUGUUUCAGAUAUCUCAGAACGACUUGCACGAGAAUGGUCCGAAGCUCUAGUUGGGGUCUAGCGCAUGGAAGUAAGAAUCUAUCCUGGAUAAAGGCCAGAUUUGGCAGUGAUCAGGGAAGGUAGAAAUAGAAGGAGCUGCAUGUUGCAUGAACGUGAGCGGCGUAACCCAAUCCAAUGGUGGAAUCAGCAUCGCGCGCGUCUCUCCCGUUGCAUGGCUGCCGCUGCAACCCUUUCCAACGACAGAGUCGCCGCGAUGAUCUUCCCGAGCUUGUCCUGGUGGGUGUCAUAUUCCUAUAUGCGGGGAGUUUGGCCCACCGAGGCGGUACCCUGGGGACGAGAACAGUGGAAGACGGAUAGGUAACCUGAGGUAUAAUAGAUGCUGGUGGCAGCAAGGCCUGGACAAGACAUCCAACUUCAACGAUAAACGGGGCGCCGGUCAGGAAAGGGGGUACCCGUACCUACCUAUCUAGGUAGGUACAGUAGGUCAUCCAGAACCAAGACUUGUGAAUGAUAAGCCAAAGGGACCGGGUAGUCAGACUAAGUAAGGGUGGCGAGCUUGUGGUCCAUCUCCAUGCCUCAUUUUUGGACGGGAGCGGGAGCUCUGUUCACUAAUAACCUACCUGGGUACCUUUGGCCUGCACUUUGACGGCCAGACCCGCGGGAUCGGCCCCGGCCAGGAGGCCCGGCCGCCUGACUUGGCCCGCAGUCAUCCGAAGUCCAUGUGCCGGAAGCUU